CGAGAGGUCAAGGUUGGAGUGUUUCUCACUUCCGGUUGAUUUCCACAUGGCAAAAAUAUUGUAAACAUAAGAAAAUUAGACUAAAAAAUGAAUAUUGUGCCUUGUUUAUCGUGGGUGAAGCAAGGUUGGGUGAGCCAGGAACCACGGCGAGUUUUGAUAGAUCGGGAGGAUUUGAAACGAGUUAUUGAAGAAACCAAACACGAACUUGACGAAGAGGAAAAUGCAGAUGAGGACGAUGGAAUGGAAGAUGCUGGAAUCGAAGAUGACAGUAAACUAAAAACAAACAUUGAAGCUGAUGAUGAUGAUGAUGAUUACAUCGCUUCCAAAUAUGGUUUAGAUGAUUAUGAUGAUGAAGAUGAGGAGGAUGUUGAUCCAGCAGGCGGAUUCGACAAAGUUACUGUGUUUGCUAGCAACGAUGACGAUCCGUAUAUAACAGAUAAAAGAGAAGAUCAGAGUGAUGACGAGGAUGCGGAAAUUCAAGUGACAGAUAAUAUCAUAGUUGCUGGACGAGCUCACGAAGAUGCCAGCCAAUUGGAAGUCUUGGUUUAUAACGAAAUGGAACAGUAUCUUUACCUACAUCACGAUUAUCUACUACCGGCCUUCCCCUUGGCUAUAGAAGUGAUGCAAUUUGAUGUUGGUGGGGCAGGUCAAACUGGAUGUUACGCUGCUGUGGGCACGAUGAAACCCACUAUUGAGGUUUGGGAUUUGAAUGUCAUGGAAAGUUUAGAACCAGCCUUCAAGUUAAAAGGUGUCAGCAAGAAGAAUAGAUUGAAAAAGGCAGAGAAUAUGGGUCAUAGAGAUGCUGUGUUAGAUUUAUCAUGGAAUUCAGUUGUUGGAAAUGUUAUAGCAAGUGCCUCAGCAGACUUCACGGCUAAAUUAUGGGAUUUGAAUAAUUUGAAGGUCGUUACUACGUUGUCACACCAUGUUGAAAAGGUUCAAUGUAUAAAAUGGCAUCCUAUGGAAGCCCAGUCUCUGUUAUCAGGCUCUUUUGAUCAGACAGUCAAUGUCUAUGAUUGUAGGAAUCCGGAAAGUGCGUUUAGAAGUUGGAAUUUAAAUGGUGAAGUAGAAAGAGUAGUAUGGGAUCAUUUCUCUCCGAUGCAUUUCUUCGCUUCCACGGACACUGGACAAGUUUUCUACUUCGAUAUCAGACAAGACAAGCCUUUGUACAGUUUUAAACCCCAUGAUAAAGCCGUGGCUGGAAUUUGUUUAAGCAGCCAAAUACCUGGAUUAUUGGUCACGACUUCCGACGAUAAAAAAUUAAAAGUUUGGGACGUUCAGGACAGCAAACCGAACCAUAUUAUAGAGAAAAAUCUGAAAAUUAAUGAAUUGCAUUGUGUAGGGUGUUGUCCUGAGGCACCAUUUGUUUUCGCCAUCGGCGGAGAGAAAGAGGCGAGAGUCUGGGACAUUCGAGAAAGUUUAAAAGUCCGACAGCAUUUUUUGAGUCGUAUGCCAGCCAAAUUAAAAGCUGAGUGUGAAGGAGAUGAAGCAGAUAUAUCAGAGGACUCUGAUUGUGGACCAACUGAUGCGAUGGACACUUU